GGUAGAGAGGAAAAGCAGAGUCACUCUCAAUCCCAAGCCCUCAUACUCACACACACACUCCCUUUGUCCCUCUCCUCCCAAUUCCCCCCCAAAAUUCCACAAAUUUCUCUCAUCUUUCCCUCAAUUUCGCUCAAAGAUCACAACUUUUUUCAGUUCCCAAUGCUCUCUGCUGCUGUUUAAGCUGAUUUAUGGCGUGAAUUUUGUGCAUUUUUGUGGUGUUUUUUGGGGGUUGGUGUGAUGCUGGAAGGGGGGAUGAGUGGGUGGUACGGCCAGAGCUGCGGGGAGAGCAGCGAGGAGGAACUCUCGGUGCUGCCGAGGCAUACGAAGGUUGUGGUUACUGGGAAUAAUCGCACAAAGUCGGUGCUUGUUGGGCUUCAAGGGGUUGUGAAGAAGGCUGUUGGGCUUGGAGGCUGGCAUUGGCUGGUUCUAACAAAUGGCAUUGAAGUAAAGCUGCAAAGAAAUGCCCUUAGCGUGAUUGAAGCACCAACUGGUCAUGAAGAGGACGAUGAGCUUGAAUGUGAAAACAUGCAAUGGAAUACUUCUGAUUUGGCGUUCGCUGAAACAAGACCACCAAAACCACAGAGAUCUCGAUCCAGAACAAACAAAGGUUCAACGCCCAAAUCCUUGAGUCGCUCACCUUCCUGGGACUCGCACUCUAAGGGAUCCAUUUCAUCCUCUGGCAGUACCACAAAAGUAGACUUGAGCAAGCUGGAAACAACUGCACUCUGGAGAUAUUCACAUCACUUCAACCUUAUGGAUGCGAGUCCUAAUCCCUCAAAGGAACAGUUAAUAGAUGCUGUCCAAAGGCAUUUCAUGUCACAGCAAUUGGACGAGUUGCAGGUGAUUGUUGGGUUUGUUCAAGCAGCCAAGCGGCUCAAGACGACAAUCUGCAAUUAAUCGGCAGCGAAAAAGUAUCGAAAAAACAAAAACUAGCCUUCUGCACUAACUGAUUUGUAGUACUUGGCCUUUCUAUCUGGAGGCUAAUUCUUGUCACAUGUAUAUCCUGUGGUUGGUGCUAGAACUAGUGACUGGUUUCUUAAACUGUUGUAAUGUAUAUGCUUACUGAUAAAGAACCUUUGUAGCUUUUAGUGUCUGUUUCUGAAAAAGAUGAGCUUUUUCUGCAGUUAUGCCCUUU